UUGAUGACGUAGUUAGCAGUCAAAUCCAAUAUGGCGCUGCCCUGUGUUUUGUUUUCUUCCUCAGUGGCUGAUUACGAUCCGAAAGAAUUUGUGAAAAGAAUUUUGAAUGUUGCCGUACUUCCUACACCUCAGAUUCUCACAGAUAAUGUUGAGAGCUAUGAGUGGGCCUUUGAAAACAAGUAUUAUAGCACAAGUGUUCACUUGUGUACCACUGACAGUAGGACCAUUGGGGACCAAGAUUUUGCAGAAUCUGUUGAAGCUUUUGUCCACUACUUUGACCCUAACCAGCUUAAUUCUUUUGAACUUGCAAAGGCAUGGCUUCCCUACCUCAAGCAUAUUGAGCCAGAAAUUCAAAUCUUGGUCUGUGAAUGUAGCAGAUAUACAGAUGUUGUAUGUAGGAAGGAAACACUUGAAUGGUGCAUUCAGAAUGGAUUUGAGUUGGUUGAACUAUCACCUGAAAACGAUGAAGAUGAGGAUGAUGACUUCCCAGAAACAACAGGAAUGGCACGAAUUAUUCAAGCACUCAAUGCUCAUACCUGGCCAAAUAUGGAAAUGAAAGACAGUCCUCCAGUGCAGAGCCCGUAUUUGCGCCAAAUGAUGAAAGAGCAGCAUUUGAUUAACCAGCAAAAUGCGAAUGCUGUGCUUAAUUCUGGUUCUGAAACCAGUGCCUGUGAAAAUAAUGAAGAUUCCUUAACCGAAGGUGUCACUUGCAAUUCUGAAAACCAAGACACAGAUACAGACUUAUCUUCACAUGAUGCAGGCUCAGAAACUGACAAUGUAAAGAAGACCGACAUGAGCAGUAAUAAGGAAUCAGUGUGCAAUAAUUCUACUGGUGCUGUAACAGGGAAUGAAGAGAACGUACAGCAGUCCAGCAAUGCUUCCACAUCCAACAAGUCGGCAGACAGCGGAGACAGUGGAGGGGGAUCAAGUGCUAAUGAACAAAUGCCUCUUGAUGACAUCAACUGGAAAGCUCUUCUGGCAGACAGUGCACAAACAGAUGCUCCUCUUUCUGAAGACGACAUUGGGGUGGAAGAAUUUGAGCAACUGUUUAUGAAGUUGAAAGUCAUGAAAGACAAGGCAGAUACAAUGCCAGUCGAUGAACGGAAGAAAUAUGCAGAAAAGGUUGCUGUUUCAUUUUGGAAAGCCAUUGGUGGAGAUGAAGAUGAAAUUUUGGGUCUGGAUGAUUCGGAUGCUGACUGACUGUAGGGUCUAGCACUAUGACGUAAAGUGCCGAUUACUCUACUCUGUACCAUCGCAGUACAUUUUAUACCCGCAAUAGUGGUGGAAAUGAUAACAAAGUCUUUCAGAUAUGGUCCUGUCCUCAUUUUAGCUGUGAACUGAUAGUCAACAAAGUUUUUGUAAAUUGUAAAGUAGGCCUAUUUCACAUUCAAGACAGGCUUAGUGAAUUUGCAAUUGUGUCAGAAUGUCUUAAUGAAAGCAUUUUUCUUGAAAA